GUGUUGGUAUUGGGGGCAGGGGAGGGGGGGGGAGUCCACGGAAAAGGAAUGGAAGUGGUUUAAAGCUCUCUUAAGUUCUGUUCCUCAUAGAAGGUCCGAUUGUGAGUUGCGAACAGGCUGUAACGCUUUGCUUCAGUCUGAAAAUAUGAACUCUUGAUAGAAGCUGUAAAUGAAAAUUAUAGUUUGUUACCUUGUUUUAAAAUUUUUCCAGAUAAUUUUUUUUCAGCCACCUACAUAUUUCAGAAUGUCAGAACAGGAAGGGCACACAGCUAGCGUUCACUGCUAAUGACCACUGUGUGGAGUCUGAUUUAGCUGUCCAGAAUUGACUUUUCGGGUUGUAUUGGCAAAUCACAGUCCGAAAUGAGGACUGUUGAAUGAUGCGCUAUGUUUAAGAGAAAUUCCUGAAAGCAAUCCCCACAUUAAUGGAAAAUAAGUGAUGUUGCCAUGUGGGUUCAUUAAAAGUACAUAUUUUAAAAACUGAAGGCGUUUUCAGCAGGAUGAAGUUCUUGAUACAGCAGCUUUAAAAUGAACCUUCGAUUUGGAAGACUUGCCCCUUAGCUGCUCCAGAUUCCAUGACUGUGGGAAAAUGGGCCUCAGUUGUUUUUUCUAUAACAUGAGGACACUGGACUAUUUGAAUUCAGAAAGUUUAAAGGACUCUACUAAAGCCUUGCAAGACAGAGUUUGGGAAUGUUCUCCAUUGCUGCCAUUUUUCCUCCAAAAAUAACCUGGCUUGGAAGUCAUUGGUUGAAAGGGAAUUUGACUCUCCAUAGAAACUGGAGGAAAGGUAAUGCAAGUGGAGAGGGCCAGCUGUGUGUUUGCCGGAGUCGUGAACCCACGGAAAGGUUCUGGUACAGAUUUUGGAGAUACAGAGAAUGAGUGUAUGUACUUUAAGUGGCCCAGUUUCCUCGAUUUCUCCUGGCAGAAGAUGCAGUACUUUUAGUGAUGCUGGGAUUCUGGGAUGUGUUUCCAUUAAUUCGAAUCCAGAAGAUGAUGUGGUAGAGGGAAAAAUGGUGGCCGAAGGAGUGACUAAAGAGACAGAAUUGCCUGCUAAGAAGAAAAGAAAGAAGGGCUUGCGACUUAAGGGGAAAAGGCGCCGAAAAAAACUGAUCCUUGCCAAAAAGUUUAGUAAAGAUUUGGGGUCUGGAAGACCUGUUGCAGAUGCCCCUGCUUUGGUAGCUUCCAGCGCCCCUGAGCAAGAUGAAGAAAGUCUUUUUGAGAGCAAUAUAGAAAAGCAAAUUUAUCUACCUAGUACCAGAGCCAAGACCUCCAUUGUAUGGCACUUCUUUCAUGUUGACCCCCAGUACACCUGGAGAGCUAUUUGUAACCUGUGUGAGAAAAGUGUCAGCAGGGGUAAGCCAGGCAGCCAUCUUGGUACGUCUACUCUCCAACGACAUCUGCAGGCAAGGCAUUCUCCUCACUGGACCAGGGCCAACAAGUAUGGAGUCACUAAUGGGGAGGAGGACUUUACCUUGGAUUUGUCUUUAUCUCCUUCUUCUCCUGAAAGCAAUGGAAGCUUUGAGUAUAUUCCUACUGAUUCAUUAGAUGAAAACAGAAUGGGUAAGAAACGUGAUAAAUCAGCAUCUGACGCCCUGAGGGCAAAAAGAGGGAGAUUUCUCAUCAAAAGCAACAUUGUCAAGCAUGCCUUAAUUCCUGGAACCAGAGCCAAGACAUCUGCAGUUUGGAAUUUUUUUUAUACUGAUCCUCAGCACAUCUCAAGAGCUGUGUGUAACAUAUGUAAAAGAAGUGUGAGCCGGGGUAGGCCAGGUUCCCACUUAGGAACAUCAACACUUCAACGACACCUUCAGGCCACACAUCCCAUCCAUUGGGCAGUUGCCAACAAAGACAAUGGUGCUAUUGGAAACGGAUUAGAUGAGACUGAGACUGAGAGCAGCGAUCUCUUGAAUGAUACUUUGCAUGGAGAGAAGUCAUCAGGCAGCCAGGAUUUAACAGCUGAGGACCUUAGUGACUCUGAUACUGAUGAACCUCCUGUUUUAGAAGUUGAAAAUAGAUCUGAGAGUCCUGUUCCUGUUGCUGAGCAAGGUAAUCUGGUGUGUGCACAAGAGAGAGAAACACCAGCACCUUGUGAAAAUGCAGCUUCCAGUCAGAUAAGCCAGGCAGUUAUUCAGAUGAUUGUGGAAGAUAUGCAUCCUUACAGCUAUUUCUCAACCCCAGCUUUUCAGAGGUUCCUACGGAUUGUUGCUCCUGACUAUAGGUUGCCCUCGGAGACUUACUUUUUCACCAAAGCUGUACCUCAGUUAUAUGAUUCUGUUAGAGAACAAAUUUUCUUAACUUUAGAGAAUGUUCAAAGCCAAAAGAUCCACUUGACUGUUGACAUAUGGACCCAUGACCCUUCCACUGACUAUUUCGUUGUGACUGUGCAUUGGGUCUCUUUGGAAACUGCAUCUUCCCCGAGUAGUGGUAGGACCCCCAAUUUUAGAAAGUGGGCAGUACUUUGUGUUACAGGAUUAGCCAAAGACUGUUUGAUAACUAACAUUUUACAAGAAUUAAAUGACCAGAUUGGUCUGUGGCUUUCUCCUAAUUUCCUUAUCCCUAGCUUCAUUGUUUCUGACAAUUCCUCUAAUGUGGUACAUGCAAUCAAAAGUGGUGGUUUUACCCAUGUGCCAUGCUUCCUGCAUUGUUUAAAUAUAGUGAUUCAGGACUUCUUCUGUGAGCACAAAAGCAUUGAGAAUAUGUUAGUGGCUGCCAGAAAAACCUGUCAUCAUUUUAGCCAUUCAGUCAAAGCCCGCCAGAUACUACAAGAGUUCCAAAAUGAUAACCAGCUUCCAUGGAAGAAUCUGAAGCAGGAUGAAACUGGCCACUGGAUUUCUACUUUUUAUAUGUUAAAAUGGCUUUUAGAGCAUUGCUACUCUGUUCACCACAGUCUGGGUAGAGCCAGUGGAGUUGUGCUUACCUCCCUUCAAUGGACUCUAAUGACAUACGUUUGUGAUAUUCUUAAGCCAUUUGAAGAGGCCACCCAGAAAGUGAGUGUAAAGACCACGGGAUUGAAUCAGGUGCUACCCCUAAUCCAUCAUCUCCUCUUUUCCCUGCAGAGGCUCAGAGAAGACUUUCAAGUCAGAGGUAUUACUCAGGCUCUCAAUCUGGUGGACAGUUUAUCUUUGAAACUUGAAACUGAUGCCCUACUAAGUGCCAUGCUCAAAUCCAAGCAUUGUAUCUUGGCUACUUUGUUAGAUCCUUGUUUUAAGAACAGUUUGGAAGACUUUUUCCCUCAAGGUGCUGAUUUAGAAACUUACAAACAGAUCCUUGCAGAAGAGGUUUGUAAUUAUAUGGAAUCUUCGCCCGGGGCCUACCAAAUUGCAACCUCGGAAGCUCCCGGCUCUUUAGUUAGAUUAGGAACUGAUUCAUUUGCUUCUAUAAAAGAAGGCACCUCCAAUUCAGGUUCUAUGGAUAGCUCAGCCACAGACAGUGCUGCUAUUGGAAGCAAAAGCUUCUUGUUCCCCUGUGCUGUAGCAGUAGUGGAUGAAUACUUCAAAGAGAAGUAUUCAGAGCUCUCAGGAGGUGAUGACCCUUUGGUUUACUGGCAGAGGAAGGUGAGCAUAUGGCCAGCUUUAACCCAAGUUGCCAUUCAGUAUCUGAGCUGCCCCAUGUGUAGUUGGCAAUCUGAGUGCAUGUUUACCACAAACAGCCACUUUCAUCCAAAGCAGAUGAUGAACAUGGACUUUGAUAAUAUAGAACAGCUGAUAUUUCUGAAAAUGAACUUGGAGAAUGUUAACUAUGACUAUUCUACAUUGAUUCUGAGCUGCAACCCUGAAAAUAAGGCUGUUCAGAACAAUGAAAAAGAAAUAUUACCUUAAU